GUCCGGCCGUUGUAUAUAAAUGGCCGGAUGGUGGCAGUGCAGGGGUGGGUGGCCAGGGAGCGCGCAGCACCGUGAUCCAGUGCCCGCUGUGUCCUCCGGACAAAGUGGAACACCGAUCGUUGUACGGGACCUCUGUGCAAGGUCCCGAUCAUGUGAUCACUGAUUGGCCAAUCAGUGAUCACUUGAAGAGUAGUAAGCAAGAUGUCACUUCUGACAUCAUUGCUUACUACGUGUGAAAUCUGUGAAUGAUCACAGCUUGUCACAUGGUACAAGGCUGU